CAGCAAGUCAAUCCCAGAAUGACACGUAAUGUUUGCAAACAAAAAAGUCAAGCAGGAAGAGAACGCGACGCGAAAUCGGAAAGUGUUUUCUGGUGAGACGACACACAAAAACAUUGGCUGAAUUCCAUCCAACCAAGUUCUGUGAAGAGCUCCUCAACCUGCGUCAGCAUGAAUGUGUUCGACCGCAGCAUCAACCUGGAUGCCCUCCUCAAGUUCUCCCAGAUCUCCCACUCGACCCAGGUGCACCUGAAGAAUGUCUACUCCAGCCUGGCGAUGUGUAUGUUCAUGGCGGCAGCUGGAUCGUAUGUCCACGUUGUCACCCGCUUGUUUCAGGGGGGGAUCGUGUCUCUCCUGGGCUCUCUGGGGAUGAUGUUCUGGUUGGCCAUGACGCCUCACAGCUCUGAGACGGAGAAGAAGAGGCUGGCCAUCCUGGCAGGGUUUGCUUUCCUCACAGGCGUUGGUCUUGGGCCUGCCAUGGACUUUGUCAUCGCUAUCAACCCAAGCAUCAUUGUGACCGCCUUCCUGGGAACCUCCAUCAUCUUCCUGUGCUUCACCCUGAGUGCCCUCUAUGCCAAACGCAGGAGCUACCUUUUCCUGGGAGGUACUCUGAUGUCAGGGCUGUCCAUCAUGUUCCUGCUGUCUGUGGUUAACAUGUUCUUUGGAUCCGUCAUGCUGUUUAAGGCGCACAUGUACCUUGGGCUGGUCAUCAUGUGUGGGUUCGUUCUGUUUGACACUCAGCUCAUCAUUGAGAAAGCUGAAAACGGAGACAAGGACUAUAUCUGGCACUGUGUUGACCUGUUCCUGGACUUUGUGACCAUCUUCAGAAAGCUCAUGGUUAUUCUGGCCAUGAACGAGAAGGACAAGAAGAAGGAAAAGAAGUAGAUGGAAGAAAUCCCCAGGAAGUUCAACAUUAAAAAGUUGGUGACAACAUGGCACAAUAUCUGCAACACUGUCUCUUUUUGCUUAAUUUGUCCUUGCUACUUUAAUGAUUAACUUUCUACUUAAAAAGGAAUUUGAGCAUGCAAAACUUUUAAAAUGUUGACUUAUAGUCUUGUGUGCCAAACAUUGGACACAUGAAUUCUUACUAAUUCAGCAGUUAGGAUGAUUGGCCUGUAGAGAGUGCUGGUGUUCUAUAAAGACACUAAGAUGAGGAGUAACGCAUACUUAAUUUUUUUGUGCCACUGAAGAAAUACAAAAUUUUUUGGGGUUCUAUCAGAAUUAUUUAGAUUAAUCAUUCUUUUAUUUAUAUUGAUUAUAUUCUGAUUUUUGUAUUACAUCUUUAUCAAAGCUCUACCUGAUAUUUUGACCUGUGAUUGAUGCCCUUAAUCCUACAUCCCAUUUGAAAGAUUCAUCUUUAAAUCUAACAGAUGUAGAAUUUUAUAUAUAUUUUUGCAAGCAGCAUUGUAAUAGUUGUACCAUUGCAUAACUUGUGUGUCUCGUCACCUCCCUCACCUUCUAUGACCCCACAGCGGAUUUCCAAGUGCACUUUGAGACACUGGUCUUCUCUCUUGAAAGCCAGUAAAACCAGGCAGAUAUCAGUGGAAAGUUUCAUCAGAAGUGCUACAUUCUAUGGGUCUCAAAGUACAUUUGUUGAAUACAUUUCCUGUAAUUACAAAGGUUGACAUUUGCCAAAUGUGACAUUUUAUUUCCUUCAAAGUCUGUAUAAUGUGAAACUUAUUUUCCUGAUGUACUAUAAAAAUCUAGCAAUUUGAUACAUUUGCUCAAAUAAACUUGUUGAAAGCGAACAACUGAA